AUGAACGGCGUCCAAUUUACUGAUCGGGCCAACAAGUCCCUACUUGAUUCCAGUGCCUUGUGCGAGCAAUAUGCCCACUCUCAAAUAAUGCCACUUCAUCUGGCGGUCGCACUCCUCAAUCCUCUCCCAGAUGAGUCCCAAGAUCAACAAACACCAUCUGGUGCUCAUGCCUCACACGAUGCGUCAACCGCACCCCUCUUCCGUCAAGUCGUGGAGCGAGCCCAUGGCGACUACCAACUCCUCGACCGAGCACUUAUGAAGCUACUAGUCCGCCUUCCAAGCCAAGACCCUCCACCAGAGAACCCGAGCGUCUCCCCUCAACUCGCCAAGGUCAUCAAAUCGGCCACGGAUUUGUCAAAGACACAAAAGGACAGCUUUGUUGCGGUCGAUCACCUGAUCCAGUCCGUCUGCCAGGACUCGCAGGUUCAGCGCGCGUUGGGCGAUGCCAACAUUCCCAAUCUCAAGUUGAUUGACAGUGCCAUCCAACAGAUUCGUGGCACACGGCGGGUCGACUCCAAGACCGCCGACGCGGAGGGCGAGAAUGAAAAUCUGAAGAAGUUUACCAUUGAUAUGACUUCUUUGGCUCGUGAGGGUAAGAUCGAUCCGGUCAUUGGCCGGGAGGAAGAAAUCCGUCGUGUCAUUCGGAUUCUCAGUCGACGAACGAAGAAUAACCCUGUGCUUAUCGGUGAGCCCGGUGUGGGUAAGACCACCAUUGUUGAGGGUCUAGCCCGCCGCAUUGUCAAUGCCGAUAUUCCCGCCAACUUGGCGCAAUGUCGCCUUCUCUCUCUUGACGUCGGUUCCCUCGUUGCGGGCAGCAAGUACCGUGGUGAGUUCGAAGAACGUAUGAAGGGUGUUCUGAAGGAAAUCGAAGAUUCCAAGGAUACCAUUGUUCUCUUUGUCGAUGAGAUCCACUUGCUCAUGGGCGCUGGUACCAGCGGCGAGGGCGGUAUGGAUGCUGCCAACCUUCUCAAGCCUAUGCUUGCUCGUGGUCAACUGCACUGCAUUGGUGCCACCACUCUCAACGAGUAUCGCAAGUAUAUUGAAAAAGACCAGGCCUUUGAACGACGAUUCCAGCAGGUCCUGGUCAAAGAGCCCUCUGUCCCGGAGACUAUCUCUAUUCUUCGUGGUCUGAAGGAAAAAUACGAAGUCCACCACGGUGUCAAUAUUCUCGAUGGUGCCAUUGUUACUGCCGCCACUCUUGCAUCGCGAUAUCUCACAGCCCGACGACUCCCUGAUUCUGCUGUCGAUCUCAUUGACGAAGCCGCAGCUGCGGUCAGAGUCACUCGAGAGUCCGAACCAGAGGCUCUCGACACACUUGAGCGGAAGGCCCGUCAACUCCAAAUUGAAAUCAACGCACUUGAGCGCGAAAAGGACGAUGCGUCCAAGGCUCGUCUUGAGGCUGCCAAACAAGAAGCCGCAAAUGUCGAGGAGGAGCUUCGGCCAAUGCGUGAGAAGUAUGAGACCGAGAAGCAGCGCAGCCGUGAAGUUCAGGAAGCCAAGAUCAAGCUCGACUCUCUCAAAGUCAAGCGUGACGAAGCUGAACGUUCCGGUGAUACCCAGACAGCUGCUGAUCUCGAAUACUACGCCAUUCCAGAGACCAAGGCCUUAAUCGAGCGUCUUGAGAAGGACCGAGCCACGGCAGAUGCCGAGCGUCGUGCCAACGCUGGCGAUGAGGGCGAGGCCCUGCUUGCCGAUGCUGUCGGACCCGAUCAAAUCAACGAGAUCGUCGGUCGGUGGACCGGUAUCCCUGUUACCAGGCUCAAGACUACCGAAAAAGACAAGCUGCUGAAGAUGGAGAAGUAUCUGGGCAACCUUGUCGUUGGCCAGAAGGAAGCUGUGGUUUCGGUCUCUAAUGCCAUUCGUCUGCAGCGGUCAGGUCUCAGCAACCCCAACUCGCCUCCUAGCUUCUUGUUCUGCGGUCCCUCUGGUACCGGUAAGACACUCCUGACCAAAGCACUUGCCGAGUUCCUCUUCGACGACCCCAAGGCAAUGAUCCGAUUCGACAUGUCUGAGUACCAAGAGCGACACUCCCUGAGCCGUAUGAUCGGUGCGCCGCCGGGCUAUGUCGGUCACGAUGCUGGCGGUCAACUUACUGAAAGUCUCCGUCGCCGCCCAUUCUCCAUCCUCCUCUUUGACGAAGUUGAAAAGGCUGCCAAGGAAGUCCUGACCGUCCUCCUCCAACUCAUGGACGACGGUCGCAUUACCGAUGGCCAAGGCCGUAUCGUCGAUGCAAAGAACUGCAUUGUCGUCAUGACCUCCAACCUUGGCGCCGAGUUCCUCGCCCGCCCAACAACCAAAGACGGCCGCAUCGACCCACAAACCCGCGAGCUUGUCAUGGGCGCCCUGCGUGACUACUUCCUCCCUGAGUUCCUCAACCGUAUCUCCAGCACGGUCAUCUUUAACCGUCUCACGAGGCGCGAGAUCCGCAAGAUCGUCGAUCUUCGCCUCGAAGAGGUACAGAAGCGGCUCGAACACAAUGGCCGUCAUGUCACCAUCAAGUGCACUGAGGAAGUUAAGGACUAUCUCGGUUCAGCGGGAUACUCGCCCGCCUACGGUGCCCGUCCCCUUGGCCGCCUUAUCGAGCGCGAGGUCCUCAAUCGUCUCGCUGUUCUUAUUCUCCGGGGCAGUAUCCAAGAUGGAGAGGUCGCUCGUGUUGUCAUGCGCGAGGGUCGCAUUGAUGUCCUGCCUAACCAUGAAGUUGGUGAUAGCAGUGAUAGUGAUGAUGACCUGAUGGAUGAGGAUGAACUUGUUGAUGAGAUGGAGGGUGUCAGCACUCCAGACCUUUACGACGAGUAA